AGGACAGUUUUCUAACGAAACAUUUUUUGUUUUCGAAUAUAUUCAAUUUUGUUAAUGUGAUGCUAUUGCUGAUUCGAGCAUGUUGAGCUUGGCUCGGUUUAUACAGGAAUAAUGUGAAAAUUAAAACUAUGGGACAUGUAUUUUUAAACCGCCUUCAGUUUUGUGUGCGUUUAAAUAUUGGGAGGAAAUUACCAACUGUUUCGAAACACAUUAUAAUGGGUGACACGAAAAGGAAAGUAGAACCUGAAAAUGGGCCACGUGCGAAAAAGCACGUUGGUCACUGGAGCACUGGUUUGCAGACAUCGAUGGAGGACCCAGAGUUGCGUUUAGAUUCUGACGAUAAAAUUGUUAUUAUUAAAGACAAAUACCCUAAGGCUAGAUUUCAUUUCUUGGUGUUGCCAAAGGAGAAGAUUUCCUCAUUAAAAAGUCUUCAGAAGAAACACGUUGAUAUCCUGCGUCACAUGCACACAAAAGGCGUUGAGAUUGCUGAUAAAGCUAAUAAAGAAUUGAGGUUUCGUUUUGGAUAUCAUGCUGUUCCUAGCAUGGGACAUCUACACCUGCAUGUGAUCAGUCAGGACUUUGACAGUCCAUGCUUAAAGACCAAGAAACACUGGAACUCGUUCACAACAAAAUACUUCAUCGACUCUAAAGACAUCAUCAAACAAUUGGAGGAGAAAGGCAAGGUGGAAAUUGAUUCCUCCCACUCUGCCGACCUGCUCAAGAAAGAUCUACAAUGUCACGUUUGCAGUAAAGGUUUCUCAACAAUUCCAUCGCUGAAGUCGCACAUCGUCUUUCACAAUGUCACCAAGAAAUCCUGACUCCACUGCUUCCCAAAAAGUGUAUAUAAAAGAUCCCUUGCAGCAUUAAGAAAAUGUCACAGGUUUCCUCUAUUGACUAUGAGUCAGAAUUACCAAAUGUUUGACAUCCAAUGUGCUCUAGUGGUGUCGUUAAACAAACUUCUUUUUUUCCCCACUGCUUCCUGAAAUGGUUUGAUACUGUUGAAGACAAAAGGAAAUUGAAAUAUGAAUACCAUCAAUAAUCAGGAAAAAUAUGUGUGCAUAUAAAUUUUGAAGACAUGUAUUUCCUGUGAAGAAGCAUUUUAAUUGCAGAUACCAACAGUUGUACAUGAAACAUGCGCUAAAGUACAUAUUUGUGAAAAAGCACAUAGCAAUAUUAUACUAAAUCCAGUGUACAGUAUACAGUUGACGUGGUACUUAAAAGUAACAUUAGAGAGAGUAACAUUACAGAACACUGAGACUUAUUGUGUGAUUUAUGGCAACCUCACAUAUGAGAUAACAGUAAAUACAGAACAAUUGUGUAGUGCAUUUCAAAUGGAGUUCAGUAUAUUUUGCUGGUUAGGGGAUAAUGGGAAAAAGGGCAUAUGCACUUAACUCAUAAAAAGGGCAUUCCAAUUAAAAAAUAUAUAAAAAGAAGAAAAAAAGAUGCACUUUAAUAUUUGAGGAGGGGCUGGAGCCACUGAUCCACCCUCUUGAUCUGCCUGUGAUGUGGACAUUUUUGUAUUGUAGUAAAAACAGGUGCUAGUCGGGCUUGAGGAAAUUUUGUUUAUUUGAUGUGUGUUCCAUCUUUUGAAAUAAAAAAUAUUGGCAUACAUUUAAA